AUGCUGCUGCUGCUGCUGCCGUUGCUCUCCGGCACGUCGGCCGGGGCCGCCUCACUCUCCGAGUCCGCCAGCAUCGUCAACUUGGUGACGGAUGUGGUGGCGCGCGCCACCACCGCCUCCGAGGUGCUCACUCUCAACCUCACCAACCUCAUCAUCCUGGUGGUCAUCAAGGCCAUCGUCAUCGUCUUCGGCAUGUUCGCCUUCGGGGGCGGCUUCAACCUGUUCGGGAACACAUUUGGCAGGUCUGCUGACUCGGCGGAGUCGCAGCCCUGGCUGGACCGGCAGGACAUGCUGCUGAUGCUGACGUACCUGCUGAGCUCGGACGGCGCCGGCUACGGCUGUCUGGACCGGGUGGCCUGCGAGCAGCCCGACCGCGCCAAGCAGUACAUCACCGCCGGCAAGAUGCUCUUCAGCGGCGCGAAAAUGGUGGACGGGAUCCUACCAGUGGACAGCAAGUACGAGGAGGUGCUGGACGGCAUGCAGAAGGCGGUGUACCACGGCCAAAGCGGCGGCGUGUGCAGCCUGCGCUACCGCUGCUCGGAACACUGACCCGUCCCCCACCCCGUCCUCCUCUCUCCUUUUGCUACACUGUUUUCGACAGCAGCCGGCGGCGGCAGCCCCCUCGCCGCGGCGGCACCCAGCUUUGCUCCGACAAGGCGGGACCAGCGCUGGGCGAAAUCAGCGCUGGGUGGGACCAGCGCCGGAGAAGCUCGCGUUGCCUGAGACGUUCCCAGCGCCCUCUUUUAACACGGAAUUGUUGAUCGAUAACGCGGGUGAGCCCGACCGUUCGGCGAUCGUGGCGCGUAAUGUCCGCUUUGGCAGCUGGCUGGAGAACGGCAGCACGCCGUGGCGGGGGUCCCGACAGAAAAAUGGCGCGUGCUUUGGGGCAGAGCGGAGCCUGUUGCCAGCCGUGAAUCAUGAAUAUGUCCUGAAACGCAACAGGUUAGUUUUUCGAGGACUGCCACGUUUUGGAAUAGCUUCUGUGCCGUGCAAGAGCUGGAGAGUUCGUUUUUAAAGCGGAAUAUCAACACAGUUUCUAAGCGGCAUAUUCGUCUACCAACAAAAAUCUGCAGAUGCAAUGUCGCAGCGUUUAUCCAAGCCUACUCGCCGCAGUAACGUAGAUCAGAGUAAAAUGUGUAUACAAGGCAUCAGUCAGGAUCGCCGUUUCUCUCAUGCUUGGUGCGAUAUGUGUACAUACAUGCCGCGCGUGUUCCGCUCAUGUGGGAUCUAUUUAUUGUGCAUAUGUACAGCGUUUCAGAGAUUCGCACUAAUCUUGUUCAUCACUGAGACAGGCUAAGUCAAUUAAAUAAGACCCCACCGUAACCUCCUUUGGCGGGCGUACACGAACAUUGUCACCAGCCGUGUGCGUAGCUGUGAAAGUGCGUGGUGAUCUUUUUUUACGAUUUCUGCUUGACAUUUAGUUGUACUUGUACUGUGAAUACUCAAUUAUUACUUCGACUGUGCGUGUAUUGCCUUAGGCGUGAAAUGCAAUGUCUUGCGUCGUGCAUAUUUCCGAACGGCUUAUCAUAAGGAGACGACUGAAGUGCUUUGGCAGUUACGGCAGUUGCUUGCUUAUGAUCUGUUUGACCAGUGCGGUUUGUUUACGUUUUCUGCCGUUGUGUUACUUUGCUGGUGUCUGUUACUUUGUGUGAGCCUGUGCUCACAUGAUCAAGUUUUGUGGACAUAGUGAUUACAAAAUGAAACUGUGCGACUAUUGCGUAUUGCUUGUUACAUAAUCUGUCCUGCGUUCACGCCGGCUGGCAUCUUUCGUCAGUGCCUAGUGAGCCGUUUGCGCAAAUGGUUUGUGUUGAAUCAUUGACUUUUUGUUGGCAGA